AUGAUCCGCGAGGCCGCGCAGACCCCGUCCGAAAUCACCUCCAGACUGUACCUGUCUGGGCUCUACACGGCCGUGGACGAGGAGCAGCUCAUCGCGAUCGGCGUCACGCACGUCGUGUCGGUCAUCGAGCACCGACCCAAGUAUCCCAAAACGCUGACAAAGCUGAAGACGCUGCACAUCCCCGUUGAGGACAGCGAGUACGCGGACCUACUGCAGCACCUCGAAGUCACCUCCGCGUUCAUCAAGUCCGCGCUCGAGGAUAGGCGCAACAUCGUCCUCGUGCACUGCGCGAUGGGCAUCUCGCGCUCGCCCACUGUCGUCUGCGCGUACCUCGUCGCGCACCGCGGGAUGUCCCCGCACCAGGCCCUCGAAUACGUGGUCUCGCGCCGCGCAAUCGUCCAUCGGAACGCGGGCUUCCUGCGCCAGCUCAACAUCUUCGCGAACCGCCUGCGCGGCAGCAAAAAACUGCGUCGUCCAGGCCUCCCGCCACCUCCGCCGCCUGUGCGAGUCACCGUCACACGCUCGAUGACGGAGGUAGAGCGUUACGGCGCCGGCUGGGGAAGGCCAGGGCCUCAAUCGCAACCGCAUUCGCAUUCGCGCGAUGGGCGCCCUCCGCCGCCCGGGCAGAUGAUGACGCGACGGGGGUCGAUGGGCCCGUGA